CCCUCUGCCCCGCCACCGCCGCAGCUGCAGCCGCCGCUCGGGCUGCGGCUCAUCCCGGGUCGCGUUCGCCGUCCCGGCCGCGGCGUGAAGGGCACCGAGUGUGGCUGCGUGACCGGCCGCGGCGCGAGGAGCCCUUCUUCUGCCUCCCUGCGGCCCGCGCGGUGGACGGUGUCGGGACCGAGUGUGGCCGCCGCGCCCCUCGCCCCGCUCCCGGGCGGCCGCUCCGGCCCUUCCGGGCGGCGCCGCUGCCUCAGCCCGCUCACACGCAGAUGUGGGAAGACAAAUGAAGGGGUUUAGAUGCCAAAUAAAUGUCAGUGGAAAGGAGAGCUACCGACACUAAGGGCUGAACACAAGUAAACUCCUUUUUCAGAGUUAAAGAAUUAUUGAAAAAAAAAAAACCAACAAGAUGGGGACGCCUGGUUCUGGAAGGAAAAGAACACCCGUGAAAGAUCGAUUUUCUGCAGAAGACGAGGCUUUGAGUAACAUCGCUAGAGAGGCAGAAGCAAGACUAGCAGCAAAGCGGGCCGCCCGGGCCGAAGCGAGAGACAUCCGCAUGAGGGAACUGGAACGACAGCAAAGAGAGCCUUCUCAUCAUUGCUCUGACCGGAAAUGGGGGCAGAUUCAAAAGUGGCUGGAAGAUUCAGAGAGGGCCACGUAUUCUCACCGGUCUGGCCAUCACCGUUCUUACCUGGGAUUAGAGGAUACAUUGUCUUUUCGAAGCCUUGGCAGUCACAGGAGUUCAUCGAAGGACAUUACUGGGACACACUGGAGCAGAGCCAGCACACCCAAAAGGAGAGACAUGGUGUACGAUACCCUCAAGGACAGAUCAUCAAGGGUUCCGUCAUUAAAUUAUUCUUACAGUCACACCUAUGGGAUGAAGAAGCGAUCUUCUAGUUCUCAUAAAGACCCCCUGAGUGGCCUCUAUUUUGACCAGAGAAACUAUAGCAGUCUUAGACAUAGCAAACCUACCUCGACCUACUGCUAUCGGUCUUCUUCCCUGUGCAGUGAUCCGCUGGGGACAUCGAGUAAGAACAGGGCCUCCUCUGCUGCAAAUUCUGGUCUGCUGAGAAGUGCCAGCCUGGCAUCAUUGUCUGGUGGUGGAUUAUAUAACCCUUAUGGUUCUCGAACUCCAUCUGAAUACAGUUACUACUCAUCGAGAGCAAGUUCCUCCCGAAGCAGCCCUGUGUCUAUCGAUGACGCCGCCGCAAGCAUUGUGUCUUCUGAUCGUGCCAGUCGUGGGCGAAGGGACAGUGUGGUCUCUGCUGCUGAUUAUUUUAGUCGCUCCAAUCGUAGGGGGAGUGUUGUCUCUGAGGUGGAUGACGCCGGCAUCUCAGACUUGACCAGCUUGGAUGAAAAAUCAGACAAACAGUAUGCUGAGAAUUACACAAGACCUUCAUCUCGAAAUUCUGCCUCAGCCACAACACCUCUAAGCGGAAACUCCUCCAGACGGGGCAGCGGGGAUACCAGCAGCUUAAUAGACCCAGACACCUCGUUAAGUGAACUGCGGGACAUCUAUGACCUGAAGGACCAGAUACAUGAUGUAGAAGGGAGAUACAUGCAGGGACUUAAGGAACUGAAGGAGUCUUUGUCUGAAGUAGAAGAGAAAUACAAGAAAGCCAUGGUGUCCAAUGCACAGCUCGACAACGAGAAGAACAACCUGAUCUACCAGGUGGACACCCUCAAAGACGUUAUAGAAGAGCAGGAGGAGCAGAUGGCAGAGUUUUACAGAGAAAAUGAAGAGAAAUCAAAGGAGUUAGAAAGGCAGAAACAUAUGUGCAGUGUGUUGCAGCAUAAAAUGGAUGAACUCAAAGAAGGCCUUCGGCAGAGAGACGAGCUCAUUGAGGAGAAUCAGCGCCUUCAGCAGAAAGUAGACACCGUGACAAAAGAGGUGUUUGACCUCCAAGAGACCCUGCUUUGGAAAGAUAAAAUAAUUGGGGCCCUAGAGAAACAGAAAGAGUACAUUACCUGCCUCAGGAGUGAGCGAGAUGCGCUCAGAGAGGAGCUGCCUGACCUGAAGGAGACAGUGGCGACAGCAGAGAAACAUGGCUUAGUUAUAAUCCCAGACAGCACUCCCAAUGGUGAUGUCAAUCAUGAACCUGUGGUUGGAGCCAUUACUGCUGUGUCUCAGGAAGCGGCUCAGGUCUUGGAGUCAGCAGGAGAAGGGCCACUAGAUGUGAGGCUACGGAAACUUGCUGGCGAAAAGGAGGAGCUCCUGUCACAGGUUAGAAGACUGAAGCUGCAGAUAGAGGAAGAACGGCAGAAGUCUUCAAGGAAUGACGGCACAUCUGGGGACCUGGCGGGACUGCAGAAUGGCUCAGAUUUGCAGUUCAUCGAGAUGCAGAGAGAUGCCAAUAGACAAAUUAGUGAAUACAAAUUCAAGCUUUCCAAAGCAGAACAGGACAUAACCACCUUGGAACAAAGUGUCAGCCGGCUUGAGGGCCAGGUGCUGCGCUACAGAACUGCCGCUGAGAAUGCAGAGAAAAUCGAAGAUGAGCUGAAAGCAGAAAAGAGGAAGCUGCAGCGAGAGCUACGGACAGCACUGGACAAAAUUGAGGAGAUGGAGAUGACCAAUAGCCACCUGGCAAAGCGGCUGGAGAAGAUGAAGGCCAACAGGACGGCCCUUCUAGCCCAGCAGUAGGGGACGGACCUUCUGCCUGGGUGCUGCUCUGAGGGCCCUGCCCAGAGAUACUGACUCUCUGUAUAUUGACACAAAGCCUUUCGAGUACUGUUUGAGUCUUGUCAUUAAACAGCCCCUUUGUAUUUUAUAAUUUAUGAGAAUGAAGCAGGUCUAAUUGUCAUGAAUUUGGAUUUUGUUUGUAGUUCACUUCUAGCGUGAGAACUAGUCUGUGCUGUUUUAUUUUUAAUUUUCAACAUCUUAGAAUCAUGUUUUCUCACCAUCUUCCUCCAACUGCCUCACUGACUGGGCCCGUGGGGGCCCGUGGUGUGGGUCUGGAGGAUGCCGUGCUGAGUGCUGAGACACUUGUUGGAGACCUCAAAACACAAGUGCCUUCUCCACGUGUGAUCCAAGCUUCAGAGACCGAGUGGCCAAGAUUCCUACUCUUCUCCCAGAGCUUUUAUAUUUUGGUGAGGAAGUAUUCAGGGGUAGGGAGUCUGUGUUUCGAUCAAAUUUAUGUUUGGAGAAAAAGGCCUUUUUUUGUAAGAUAUUUAAAUUUAUAUAAAAAUGUUAGAAAAAGAUAUGGGGAGUGUAUAUUAAACUUGAUUGCAUGGGGCAGAGGAAGUCUAGACUUUUACUCUUAAAAUUAAGAGUAGGGUCCUUAGUCUCCGUAUCCGCUGUGCUGUUCCUUGUAGUUUCAUCUGCUGCUGAUUUGUGAAAUGAAACCUCAGACAAGCUUGAGGGGUGAGGGAGGGACAGUACAGGCAGGUAGGGAAUCUGCCUGAAAAACUAUUAAACACACCCUCUGCCAACCAGGAUUGGUGGACACAGUCAUUGUUACCGAAGCUUUUUAGGACAAAUCAUGGAAACCAUGUACAGUCCUGUCUUGCCUUCUUCUUUUCUCAAGACGAGAUAAUCCAGAACAUAGAACUUUUUAAGUUUUUUGAGACAGCAUCUAUGUAGCCCAGGUUGGCCUCCACCUCAUAGUUGUCAUCCAUGGGCCUUUUGGGUGCUGGGAUUCCAUUCAUUGCCUGGCUCUAGAAUAAACAUGCCUAAGAACUUGCAUUUCAUCUUUAAAGAGACCAGUUCAAGAUAUCUCCCUCCCCUACCAUAGCCACUUCACAGGGUUUGUGAUUCUCUUUUGUCAGAAUCAAGGUGGUUUCAUGGGAAUGAUUACUGUAGCUCAGUGUUUACAAAGAAACUAUAUUGAGGAAAAGUCUAAUGAAUCAAAGCCUCUUAAUAAAUCUAGACUUGGAACUAGAUAAUAAAGUUAACUAAAAAGUGAGUGAUAGUUGUUCCCUUCUUUAGUCACUAGCCCUUCAUUUUUAGGGUAUGGAAACUGUCCUGAGCUGAGAGUGCCCUGUGCACGUCCUAACAGGAGCUACAGGUGUGUGGGUGGGGCAGGGAUGCUACACUCAGGUGAUCCAACCCUUCACAUGGAGAAGGUACCCAUCCUGGGUACUGAGAAGCCCUGGCCCUAGCCCUUAUUACUUUAGUUUUUUCCAAUUGAAAUGGCUCUAUUUCUUCAUGAUAUAUUGUUUCCCCUGGAACCUUCUUCAUUGCUUCCUGUGGUCUGUUCUUUACUUUAAACCCUGAGGCAUCAGUCCUUGGGCCGAGUGCUAUAUUUUUCUGAGGCAGGGUUGACCUUAGUAGCUUAUCUGGGCAUUGAAGAAGAGCUCUAUCCUUAUUACUGGUUUUGGAGCCCUUGCCAACUCCCAGUGGACUAGAUUUGACCACCUACCUCAGCAAGUCACCAUAGUUAAGCAGUGAAGGCAAAGAAAGAUUCACUUCCUGUGACCGUGUUGGUAAGAACAGAUAAGAGUUCUGGAAUCCCAAAUUAAUUUUCCAAGUGUUAAUGGUGUGAAAGAGGGAGGAAAGGAGACAAUUGGGGUAUGCAUUGCCGAUCUUGGCAGGCCAGUGGUCUGACUGAUAAAUUAAGUUCAGGUCCCAUGAAAGGCUCUGGAGAGUGCUGGUGACAUCUCUUGAUGGUUUCCAUUGACAUCAUUUCCCACUCCAAGGUGCAGCCUUGUCCUAGUCAGUACUUUCUCAUUUUGAGGGAUAAUCUGUGCUAUGAAUGUUACUUUGGGAGGUACCGGUCCUGUUAUUCCUCAAUUCCAAAGUAACUCCAAAACAGAAUGACUCUGGAGGGAAAAGAUAAAGCCAGAGAGGGGUAAAAUAAUUGCUGAAAUCAGUGUCUCUCUUGCUUCCCCAGAAUCCUCCAAAUAAGAACACCUAGAAAUAUAUUCAGAGCCACUAAAGGGGCUAGUUUAAAAUACUGGGCAAGAAUGCUUUAAAUUUUGUCCCUAAUAAUAAAUUAGCCUUGACUACGAACAGUAAGAGUCUCAGCUCAGGCUUUCUCCAGUCAAUACCAACACUAUUAACAUAUUGCAUUAGUAACUAUCUUUUCUUACUGUUGACCAAAUACCCGACAUUGGAUGGAUUUAUCUUGGCUCACGGUUUAAGAGUAUUGUCCAUGACAGGAAAGGUGUGGAAGAAUUCAUGGACAGGAUUUGGCAGAUGGUUCUCAAGCAGGGAGCCUUUUACUUGGCAUUCUGUUCACACUUUUCAAGUCUUGGAUAUCAACAUGUAGGAGUUUCAUUGAGUGGACCCUCAGGGCACAUUUGCCAGUGCCCAAUACAAAGCCUAAGGUCUAGCUGUGUUCAUCUCUAACAAUUACAGAUACUCUCCUAAGGUCUAGCUGUGUUCAUCUCUAACAAUUAGAUACUCUGUCUGCAUGCUCCUUUUCUGCAACUCUAAACAUGCUCACACUCUGUUCAUGUUUUCUCGCAGUUGACCGCAUAGUUCUCAUCUUUCUGCUUGAAAUGUCAUUAUCAACCUCAAUAAACAGUGAUAACCAAGCCACCACCCAAAGGUUAAGCCGACUUGAAACUGUCUCUGCCAAAUAACUCAAUCCAUUACCUUUGAAUUCAGUCUUACUCAAGGACACCAGAAAAGACAGAGCCAGGUCUUUGCCAGAAUGCAAAUCAGAAUAGCCUAGAUCCCACUAGUUUUUGUUUUCUUCUCAAACCACGUGAGCCAUAUCCCCACUGGCUGCAUUUCUUCUAAAUUCCCACCAGACUCACCCAUGAAGUUAUGAUUACAGUAUUCCAGAGCUCCCCAGCCUGUAACUCCAAACUUUUUUUUUUUUUUUAGUUUUUCGAGACAGGGUAUCUCUGUAGCUUUGGAAACUGUCCUGGAACUAGCUCUAGUAGACUAGGCUGGCCUCAAAGUCACAGAGAUCCUCCUGCCUCUGCCUCCCGAGUGCUGGGAUUAAAGGUGUGCGCCACCAUCGCCCGGCAUCUCCAAACUUUUCUGCAUUCCUCUUGUACACCUUUUUAAAGCUUAUAAACCACAUGACAAGCUUAUCAAAGCAGCAUCCCUUGGUUGUCCAUACCAGUACUUUUAGACAGGUUCAUACAGAAACAGAAUUUAUGGGAUGUAUAAAAGGGAUUUACAAAGAAAGGACUGAGCAGUACAAGGAUGGCUGUCUGCAAGUUGGAGGGUAGAAAACUUGGUAGCUGCCCAGUUCAUAAGGCUGGAUGCCUUAGUAGGCCCAAUCUAGCAUCAAAAGCCUAGGAGAUCCCUAGAGAGGAGUCUUGGUAUUGCAUCCACCUUGGAAGGCUGAAGAAUUUCAGAGUCUGAUGGCAGCAUCAGUGGAGGAUACAGGCCGGUAUACACUUUUUCUGGUAUCUGGACUACUGGAAGUUGCUCUUGCUGCCCACUUAGAGGGUGUCUUCCCCAACCAAUUAUCUGCUCCGGAAGCACUGGCACAGACACACCAAAGUGUCUUUCCUAAGUACUCUAAACCCAGUCAAGUUGACAAGACCAUCAGGACUUUGUGAAGCAGGGUCUUGCUCUGCAGUGCAGUCUCCAUUGACCUGGAACUUAGUAUGUAGACGAGGCUCACCUCAAGCGCACAGGUCCACUUGCUUCUGCCUCCACGUGCUGGCAUCAAGGCAUGUAUCACCAUAUCUUUAGGACUUUUUUUUUUUUUUAAGCAAAGCUGGAGUUUAUUAAGGGAUGGGCACUGAGGGAGGAGAUGUGCAGGGAACCCAAGACAUGAACUUCUCAAAAGUUGCUGUUCUAGGGCUUCCUUUAAAAGGAAUUUCAACUAAUGCAACUUAUGGUAUCUGAUAAUAAAUUUCCAGAAU